AUGCCUUCAGUGCCGCCAUUCUCGAGGUCUGAGAAAGUGGCCGACUACGAGGGAAAGUGCAAACCUGUUGUCUGGAAGGAGCACGGAGUUCGAUCCAUCGAUGGGACCCAGAUCAAACUUCUGGAAGGCGCUUUCUCUGAUGCUCAACCUGAGCAGGAGCGACAGAAGAUCGUCGUGCUGUACUUUCAGGGCAAUGCUUCGUCGUUGCCUCCGCGGCUGCCAUACCUUUCGCGUAUCAUGCGCUCAGUCAAAGAUCAAGCAUCAGAUCGGGUGGCUCUGACAUUGGUUGCGUUGUCAUAUCGUGGCUUUUGGACGUCCAGUGGCCGAGCAACACAGCCUGGACUUGAGCUGGAUGCGGAGGCAGCUCUGGAAUGGGUGCUGCAACGGUAUGGCGAGGACCAUAAGAUCAUCAUCUGGGGCCAGUCGAUUGGCACGGGCGUUGCCAACCUUGCAGCAGCCCGGCUUUGUCGCAAUGAUCCCAAGCAGUUCAAACGCAUAUCCGGACUCUUACUGGAGACGCCGUUCGUAAACAUGAGAGCGUUGUUGCUUGGAAUGUAUCCACAGAAGUGGCUGCCUUAUCGAUAUCUCUCACCUUUUCUGCGGUCCACAUGGGAAAGCGGUAAAGCGCUGGAAGAGAUCGGCAAUCGCAGAAGUGGCAUCAGGAUGAUGUUGCUACAAGCUGGCAAUGAUGAGAUUGUUCCAGAGGGGCAAGCUCGUAUUCUCGAAAAACUAUGCGUCGCUAAGGGCAUAUCGGUCCAGCGACAGGUCGUUAGUGGUGCGCUGCAUCAAGACAUCAUGACUAAAUCGCCUGGCAGGGUGAAGAUCGUGGACUUCAUCUGCAGCUUUGCGACAGAGUCCUCCAGGCAGGCCAGAAGGUAG